ACCCGCUAUAUGGUCUGUCUAGAAUUAAACGAGCGAGUCUGUUUUGAACUGAUUGUAUCAGUAUGAACCGUAUCAAAAAGUCUAACGCUUCGUUUGCUUUUAUAACGGUUUAUUAUUGAACGUAUGAAUGCGUGUGCGUGUGCAUAAAUGUUUAUUUUGUUGUGCAUUUAAUUUGGUGUGGCAAUUGGAUACCUAAUUUUUAUUGUUGAAGUUGCGACGGUUUCCUGGACCCAACUAUGGAUACGGGGACCGAGUUACCAACGCAACAAUACGGUGAAGUAAAUCAGCUGGGCGGUGUAUUCGUAAACGGAAGACCAUUGCCAAACGCAGUUCGCUCAAAAAUCGUCGAAUUGGCUCACUUAGGCAUAAGACCCUGCGAUAUUUCCAGACAACUACGAGUAUCACAUGGCUGCGUUUCAAAAAUAUUAGCAAGAUACCACGAAACAGGCUCCAUCCUACCAGGCGCAAUUGGCGGCAGCAAACCUCGAGUAACUACCCCUAAAGUUGUAUCGUAUAUUAAAAAAUUGAAACAUAAAGAUCCCGGUAUAUUUGCUUGGGAAAUACGCGAAAGGCUGUUAUCAGAUGGUAUCUGCGAUAAAUUCAACGUACCUUCGGUCAGUUCCAUUAGUAGAAUAUUAAGAAAUAAAGUUAGAAGUACUGUGUCGCCGCCGAUGCAGCACAUAUACAAUUCAAUAUGUCCUAGUUACGCUUAUCCUCCGACGCAUCAUUCUCCACCACCGACUACCUGCUCAAAAAUCAUAUGCCCGGAUACUAUAAUAUCUCCACCUUCGAAAUUAGGUAAUAGUUGUUGGCCUAGUUCGCAUUCUGUUUCCGAUAUUUUAGGGAAUAGCCACAACGGCUUAUCCGUUUCUGUUCCACCUACCUUCAAGCAUCAAAUGCAAAAUUCGUGCGAAAGCUCAAAUUGUAAUUAUUAUCAUAUGUAUUUAGGACAUGCGCCUCCUCCCUACCAGACAACGUGGAACAAUCAAUAGUCAAAAUAGCGACGUGAAUUUUCUUUCGUUUACUAUUUCUAUGAUUCAUAUUAUGUGUAAGUAGGUAUACUUACCUACUUGACUUCUUUAUAUUUUGUAAAUAUUAUUUCUUUUUUUCCCUUUCCUUUGUGUAUACGCCAUACCUCGGCAUAAUUAUUAAACCCUCUGUGUACCUAUUUCAUUCUGUCUCCAAAUCUUGUUUUUACUAUUUUGAUAUAAAAUGCGUAUUAUAAAUUAAGUAUAUAGGUAUUGCAUUUGCAUUUAUAACUUAUGUAUGUAUUAUAAACAUCGUUACAAUUUCAGAACUAUAAUUAUCGUAACGUUAUUUUUUAUCGUCCAAUUUGCGAUCUUAUCGCGUUUAAAGUUGAUAUUAGGCAAGCCAUACACGAUUUAACGAUACCAUCAACCAAUUUUUCCAACCAACGUCGAUUAUAUUACACUUGAAUUUACCUACUUUUCUCGCAGCAUAGAAAUUUUUUAUGCGUACAUCCAAAUAAAAAAUUGUCGGGUAAUAAGGAACCAUUCUUAAAAACAUAUAUGUAGAUAUAGGUGUACCUAUGUACCUACUUUCAAUAUUUUCUUUGGCAACCUAUUACCUCAGCAAUGCAUGAUUUUUAUGGAAUGAAAAAUAAACCUGUCUCAUUAGUACCUACCGAAUUUAUUCGUCAUAUACAUAAUAAUUUUUCUCUCUGAGUGGAAGGGAGGUUACAUUUUUACAAUUUGAAAGAAGGAGUCUGACGCGUUCUCAGGUCCAAGCUUUCAAGUUUCAAUGCUUCAUGAUGUGGGAUGGCAGUGAGAACGAAAAACGAUUAAAAAAUUGAGGGGGGGGGGGUAAAAAUUUCAAAUCAAUAAUGAUACCCACCUACUUUGAAUGGUGUAACCAAAAUUGGUUCAAGUUCUACGAGUAGACCUGCAAAUUAUUCGAAUGAAAGUGAAACAUAAAACGAUUGCAAUUGACAAAACAUGCUAUUACCACAAAAUUUUGCAACUUAUAGGUAGGUAGUUUAAUUUGUGAUAAAAUUCGUUCAUUGAUGUAGGUUCGUGGAAUGUACUCCUUCCAUUCCCGUUUAGAAAUUUUAAUGAUCUUUUUCCGUAAAGUGUAAAUAAACUGAAAAAUUCUUAGGUACCUACCUACCUACCUACCUACCUACCCACCUACUUACCUCUUCAUAAAAGCACAUUUAUGGAUCUCCAAUUUCUUGUUCAGUCAUAAGAAUGGCUCAUGUCUAUCUGAGGUUCCAGAAAAAGAAGACCUUCAAUGAAAUUCAGCUCUGUAAUUUUUCUUGGAAACAUUUCAAAAAAAAUUCUCUCAGGAAAAAUUAAAAAGAUUGAUCGCAAAUAUACUACACUUUACACGUACGAAACAAACUCAUGUGUUCUAUAAUUUCGUUUUUCUCAAUUUCUUUUGCAAGACUCGUAGUUUUUCUCAAAAAAAUUUUUUUUCAUUUUUAGUAAAAACGAAGGAUUGUAUGACAAAAAUGGCAAGAAACAGAAAUGUAGAGAAUAAAAUCCUAUAAGAAAAGUUAUUAUUUUCUUUUGAGAGGUUUUACAUCUGUCGAGAUUAUUUUGUGUUUGUGAUGAAAAAACUGAAUUUGUUUCAGUUUUGCCGAAACGAAAAUCUAUUUAAGAAAAAAAUAGAUCGGGGGUUUCAUAGGCAAAAUGUAGGGAGAAAAAUCGUCUUCGGAGAAUAAAACUUCUCAUCCUUCUGUAGUUUUUUUCCUGGGGGCCUUUUAUUGCCAAGAUAUUUUGAUCAAGUUCUCAAAAUCUCUACUUCAUUCGCGAGUCACCCUGCAAGAUGGAAAAGUGUGCAUUCUAAAAUUUAUGUACGUACCUAAGUAUUUAGAGAAGAAGGUCCCUCCACUUCCUUAACUCCUGAAUGUGUCCUAAAUGUCACGGAAAUCGUGUGAAAUACCUUCAAAAUCGAAUGAAACUGGAUUUAAAUGAUUUGAAUGGUUACAAUAUUUAUUUAUACGAGUAAUUAAAAGUUUUUAGAAACCACUAUUUAAAGCCUACCUACAAUGAAGAGUGAAAAUUUCUUUUAGUAGGUAAGUAAGUAGGUAGGUAAGUACUACUAAAAUUUUUUUUAAAAAUCGUCCAUUGUGUACUUUCUUUCAUCUAAAUUAGGCCCAACUCACACAUUCGGAUGAUGGUUUUCAUUCGCCUAUCACUGACGUGAAUAUUUUUUGAAUUUUUAUUGAGUAAUCCAUCGUCUCUAUUCGUUUAUCCGAGCACUUGGAAUGUUAUAGUACAAAAUAUUUUAUUUAUGCAUAGGAAACGAUUGAUCUAUACAUUUAAAUACAAUUAAGUAUACAUCAAUGUACCUACCUACUUAAUUACCUUUAUGAUUACCUGAUUUUAUUUGUAAUAGUUUAAUGCAAAUUAUAAUGCGAAUGAUGUGAUUCAGUGUGUACAAAUUAAUUAAUAAAUUUUCAUUUGUUGCCGCAAA